GCGAUCCGAGCAUCCCGCGUCAUUCGAUCACGAAAUCGGAAAAGAAUUCGCACAAAGGCCAAACGAACUCCUUGAAUAUCAGUUUCCGAAGCCCACUGGACAGCUGUACAAACUCUCGAUCCGCACACAAAAGCCUUCGGUUCGUCAAGACUCCGACCAAAGCGAGCACCUAUAUCCAACAACCCACCAACGCCCACCAACCAUGCUGCCCACCCCGCUCACCCUCCUGGCCACCCUCCUCCUCCCCCUCCUCGCCACCGCCCACAACGUCCGCAUCUACUCGGACGAGCACUGCAAAACCGACCUCAACUGGGCCGGGCUGGGCGGCGGCAUCGAAUGCCAGCCGUGGGACUCGUGGUUCUCACCGGGCUCGUUCCUGCUCGACGCCAACGCGAUCGACGACUCGACAAUCGUCGUCUUCAUCGAAGGCAAGGCGUGCAAGAGCGCGGGCGCGGGCGCCAAGCGGUUCCAGGUCGCGAACGUCACGGCCGGGUGCACCAAGCUCGAGAGCUGGGUCAGCAGCAUGCAGGUGCAGAAUUUCACCAUGGACGGGGAUAAAAAGGUGCCGAAGGUGGGGAAGAGGGAGGAGGUGGGGAGUCUUGAGCUGAGGUGGGAGGCGUGAGGGGGAGGGGGAGAUGGGAGGAAAUGGGGAUGAGGCGGCCUGUGGAUGAGGCCUGGAGAAAAAGUUCAAGGCGUUGGGGUAUUGGGUG